CCCUCCCCCAUCUCCACAUGGUAGCUGAUGCAUGACGUGAGAGCGUGGAAGAAGGGCUCCUUCUCUAGGUCCCUAUUCUGGACAGAGUGUACAGCGUCAGGCUUCUUCUUUCAGAGGACAAUGCCGACUCACACGCUGCCCCCGUUUGUGGAGAGCCCAGAUGGACUUGCCCAAGAUAUUCUGAUUAGUAACAAUGCAAGCGUCCCAGGACCUGGCUCUAGCAUGACACCGCACAGCAUUUACUCAGAAAAGGUCAUGUUGCAAUCUGGAGGAGGCGCACCACUAUCUUGUAUGUUCUGUGAUCAGACUUUCAAUCAGCAGGAUGAGCUAGGACCCCACGUAUUAACACAGCACCCCACUACUUUCUAUGAACCAGCCGUGCUCAGAGUUGAAGCAGAGUUCAGGAUCCCAGGAGAGAGACCCUGGCCCAAAUCGAGCAACUUUCCCACCGACAAAGAAGAGGUUCACAGCUGUAUUGUGUGUGGUCAGGUGUCACAUGACGCCACCGAGCUGGAGACCCACAUGAGGAAGCACAAGGACUACUUCACUUACUGCUGCAAUGUUUGUGGACGGCGGUUUCGAGAGCCCUGGUUCCUCAAGAACCACAUGAAAAUGCACGUAAAACCAGGAGCGAAGAGCAAAGCCCAGCAAGAUCAGGAGACCACGGUCACAGUCAAUGGCAUCGUCCAAGACCUCGCUCCAGAACCAGUGGUCACUGUUUACAAAAUGUGCCUGGUGUGUGGAUUUUUCUUCCCUGACCAUGACAGUUUGGCGGAACAUAGUAAAGUACACAAUAGAGAGGUGGAGCCAGGCAAAGAUAAAGAAGAAGAAGAAGAGGAGAAAAUGGAUGACACUACUGAAUCCCUUGCCAAGCAGGAAACAUUUCUUCACAGUCUAAACCUUAUGCCUCGCUCUACAGGGAAUAGUUUGCAGCUCGAGAGAUCAUCGAAAUGGAUUCCCCAGCUGGAUCCCUUCAACACAUAUCAGGCCUGGCAACUUGCUACAAAGGGCAAGAUAGCAGUUGGUCCUAAUAAUAUCAAAGACAUCGGCCAGGAAGCCAGCACAGACAAUGAGGAAUGUGGCUCAGAUAAGGAGGAGUUGAGUCACAUUUGGUCUGAGGGACCAGGAGACAAAGCUACAAAGGAGGUCCUCGGGAGAGAGCCGCGGUCUCAGCAGCAGGCUGGAGUAGAAAACCCAGCCCCGCGGCGCAGGUCUUUAAUGAAAAGUAAGGACAAAGAAAGGCCAACCACCUGUGAGGACUGUCAGAGAACCUUCAGGACCUACCACCAGUUAGUCCUGCACUCCAGGGUCCACAAGCGCGAGAGAGGUGGCGAAGAGAGUCCAACUUCCUCCGUGGAUGGGAAGUCGUCAAGAGCAGGCUCACUUGAGCAUGCAGAGGAGGGCUGUGAGGAGGGCUUCGAGGAAGCAGCACUGACGGAAAACCUGGUUCCAGGUGAAGAUGGUUUUGAUCGAUCAAAAGUCCGAUCUAAAGCGUGCAGUUACUGCGGCAAAUCAUUCCGAUCGAGCUAUUACCUCACAGUUCAUCUGAGGACUCACACAGGUGAAAAACCGUUCAAGUGUGCUUACUGCGACUAUGCUGCAGCCCAGAAGACUUCACUGAAAUAUCACCUGGAUCGGCGUCACAAGGACAAACCUUCCGUUGACAUUCCCAGCAGACCCGGGGCUUCAGUGCCUUCUCCUAACGACAGAAAGCACGGAAAUGACAGUGAAAAUCCUGCUCCAAACAGAUCCAAACUCUGGGUUCCCGGAACCAGAUCGUGUACCAAUGGAACACCAGAGGGCAGAUUUGAUGGCAUAGGUAGCAAGCUUGGCAGACCACUCGUCCAGAUGAAUGCUGAGUAUGAUAAAUUAAUUGCCAAGUCUGCUUACUCCCUGACUGAUGAUGUAGUCGUAAAGUGCCCCAAACCUGUUAACCUGAAGAUGGAGCGGGAGGAGAUAAAAGACGAGAACUCUGAGGCCCCAUUAAAUCUGUCCUUAAAAGUGUCUCUCUCCAUCCCUGCCAGUGCGGAACCCAGAAAUGCAUUAAUUCCAAUUGGCUGUUCGUUUUGUGCGUAUAAAACCAUGUACCCAGAGGUCCUUAUAAUGCACAAAAAGCUCACUCAUAAAGACAAGUCAGACAGCACAAAAAGGAAUGGAUUCGGCAGUUUGAAAGAAAAACGCUUCACAGGUUGCCCCCCUGCGCUGGAAGGCAAAGAUGUCACCCCACUUCCCAUGAUUGACCGGCGCCACCCUCGUCGAACCAAGUCCCCGCCCCCCCAACCUGCAAAACCACAAGAAAAGACGCCCGUUAACCCACCGCAACCCCCGAAGCGGUCCCCUAUCCCCGCACCGGUACAUGAGGUCGUCGAAGAGACCCAGCGUUGCACGCCUAACGUCGACACACAUCCCAGUCAGGAAUCCUCCAGGUACACAGAGCUCCUCAGGAAAUCCAACACAGGCAGCAAGUACGCCAUGGAGCGACCAGGCCCCCUGGACAGAGUGGGAAUUGGGGAGAGGAGUUACCCAGCGAGAAGCGGCGCUCUUUGGCACUCGGACGCUGCCAGGCUGUGCCUGUCGAGUCGAUUUGGGAGCCUCCCCCAGAUGGAUUUUGGUGAGCCUUCCAGCAAGAGAUUGAAGUAUUCGGUACCCACAGGAAGGGAAGCUGACACCGCUGAGAAGCCUGGCUUUAGAGGAACAGCCGGGAACGUGUCCAACAGGCUGCUUAUCUCAGGGAGAAGUGUGAAAACCACGUCGCAAAUGUCGGGCCCAUCCACAGUUUCCGACACCUUGGGUUCUUUGAAGGCAACAUCCACGGCCAUCGGGGGAGGCUUGGAGGCCGAGUGGAGCAUGAUGAACCUUCUGCGCUCCUACACACCCAAUGACCUGGCAUCGCUCUACCAUGGCUCCCCGGCCAACCCCGGCCAUGGAGGACUGGGCAACCCAAGAGCAGGUGGCAGAACUGUGCUGUACCAACACUUACCCACUCUGUCCAACCUUCAGAGGAGAGACCCGUCGGGCCCUUUCCCUAAUCAACGCUAUGGGACCACUGACAAAAGUACCUAAAGUGGCACCAAGGUAAAAGGUUGAAACAUAUUUUGUGAAGUAUGACAAUUAGAGCUUUUUUUCCCCUGAUUUUUCAAACCCUGACCAGUGUAUUUUUUUUUUACCUGGUACUUGAUAUAAAUUAAUCAACUCAUAUUU